AUGACCAGAAUUAUUUGGAAAAAGAUUCGGGAGGAGCUCAUCCUUCCCUAUCUCCAACUGGACAUCAAGUACUUCGAUCUUGGCUUGGAGUACCGAGAUGCGACAAACGACAAGGUGACGGUCGACUCGGCCGAAGCCAUCCUCAAGUACAGCGUGGGCAUCAAGUGCGCGACGAUCACACCGGACGAAGCCCGUGUGAAGGAGUUCAAUCUCAAACAAAUGUGGAAGAGCCCAAACGGCACGAUCAGGAACAUUCUCGGUGGUACUGUUUUCCGUGAGCCCAUCAUACUGCAGCGCAUCCCGAGGCCGGUCCCGGGCUGGGUAAAUCCCAUCGUUAUUGGACGUCACGCGUUCGGUGACCAGUAUCGGUCGACGGAUUUUGUUGCGCCUGGUCCCGGAAAGCUUCAGCUUGUUUUCCGUCCCGCAGAUGGUGCAGAACCGACAGUGAUGGAUGUGUAUGACUUCAAGGGCAAGGGCGUUGCAAUGAGUAUGUACAACACUGAUGAGUCGAUCACUGGGUUCGCGCACUCGUCAUUCAAGAUGGCGCUUUCGAAGAAACUCCCGCUGUUCAUGUCGACCAAGAACACGAUUAUGAAGAAGUACGACGGUCGAUUCAAGGACAUCUUCCAGGAGAUCUAUGAUUCGACGUACAAAAAGGCGUACGAGGAGGCCGGAAUCUACUACGAGCAUCGUCUUAUCGACGACAUGGUCGCACAGGCGAUCAAGUCCUCAGGCGGCUUCGUCUGGGCGUGUAAGAACUACGACGGCGACGUGCAGUCCGACAUCCUCGCGCAGGGCUUUGGCAGUCUGGGCAUGAUGACAAGCGAGCUCAUCACCCCCGACGGAAACGUCAUCGAGAGCGAGGCGGCGCACGGAACGGUGACCCGGCACUACCGCGAGUGGCAGAAGGGCAACGAGACGUCGACCAACCCCGUCGCAUCAAUCUUUGCAUGGACGCGGGGUCUGCUGCACCGCGCGAAACUCGACGGUAACGACGCGCUGCGCGCAUUCUGCCAGGACCUCGAGGCCGCGUGUGUGGAGGUGAUUGACGAAGACGGUGUCAUGACGAAGGAUCUUGCGCUCGCAAUCCACGGGAAGAACAUGAAGCGCGAGCACUGGGUCAUCACGGAUGUGUACAUGGACGCCGUGAACAACAAACUGAAGAAGAAGAUGGCCGCGAGGUCAAAGCAGUGA